GUUAGCCUUUUCACCUCAUCCCAAGAGGAGAGGAAACAACAAGGCUGGUUCUUCAUCAUCCUCGCUCAUGAUGCUGAAGGGAAGCUGCAGCCUUGGAUAACGUGUGGAGCGUAGAGCGAGUGGGCGGUGCAGAGAAGGAAGUGGCGAAGAAGGUAGAGAGGAGCUGCGACCGAGCGGAGCAGAUGUCAGAGGAGGCAAAGCAGAAGAAGCAGCAGAAAGUAAAUAACAAGCAUGGCAUUGUGACGCGUGGCAACGACCCACGUGGAUAUCAUGGCAGCGACGCGCUCGUUCACUAAGCCUACGGAUGAGCCGACCACGCCCUCUCCUAUGACCACGCCUCCCCGCAAGGCUUCAAUUCGCCUGCAGGAAAGGCGGGGCUCUAACCUCUCGCUGCUGUUGGAUGUCAACAGCCUGGGGGCGGAGUCUCUGUGCUCCGUGUCCACCCCUAAGGAGGUGUGGCUUCAGCUGCUCCACACCUCCUCUCGACUGCUCACACACGCGCUCCUGCAGCAAGCGGCUGUCGACAGCCAGGCUCUUGACGUGGAGUACCAGGGCAUCCCGCCAAACUUUGUGAGCGCGUCAGAUCUGGAAGUUCCUGGGCACGCCAUCAAGGACAGAUACAAAAGCAUCCUGCCCAACCCAGAGACUCGCGUCAUCCUGACCUGUACAGAAGAAGACGGUGGGCCAGACCGCUACAUCAAUGCCAACUACAUCCGGGGUUACCGAGGCACUCCGAGGGCCUACAUCGCCACCCAGGGGCCAAUGGUGCACACUGUGGGGGACUUCUGGGACAUGGUGUGGCAGGAGAAGAGCAGCGUCAUUGUCAUGGUGACCAGGCUGAAGGAGGCCAACGAGAAGUGUGAGAGGUACUGGCCUCAGAUCAGCCGUAGCGUGGGGAAGGAGAGGAGGAGGAGGAGAGGAGGAGAGGAGGCGGAGCUAAAGGAAGACAUGAUGAAUCGGUUUGGCCGAUUUCAACUGCGAGUCACAGACAGCCGAGACAAAGAUGGCUUCACUGUCACUGACAUGGAGAUGCAGCUGUGUCAGGAGCGCCGUCCCGUCAGACACUACUGGUUCACGUCCUGGCCCGACCACCACGUCCCACAAUGCACUGCUCCUCUGCUGCGCCUGGUGGAGGAAGUGGAGUCACACAGCGAGUCUCUCCGAGCAACCAGCUUUCAGCCAAUCACAACCGCCGUUUUACCCAAACCCGGACCAAUCAUUGUCCACUGCAGCGCCGGCAUCGGGAGAACGGGCUGUUUUAUCGCCAGCAGUAUCGGCUGUCAGCAGCUGCGUCAAACGGGUCAUGUGGACGUUCUUGAGAUGGUGUGUCAGCUUCGACUGGACAGGGGGGGCAUGAUCCAAACCCCGGAACAGUACCAAUUCCUCUACACGGCCCUGGCCCAGUUCAGCUCCCAUUUACAACACCAGCAGGGAAAGAGGCGGGAACAAGACUCCGUUCACAACCAUCAGAUGUCUGAACAGCUCAAGAACCUCCAACUGGAGAGCAAGCAGGACUCAACAACAGAGAACUGGACAGAACCUGGAGAACCAACACGUUGUUUGGAACCUGUCAAGAACCUCAGUCCAGUGAAAGCCCACACCUCCAGUUCUGCAUGAUAAACAAGACACUGACAGCAUAUUGACUUUAAAGAAGUAGCUUGGAACAUGAAGAACACACGCAGUAGUGCUUUGCUGGACUCAGUACCUCAAAGAAUCAAUAACUUUGAUUGUCGAGAAAAAAAAGUGUGUCAAGUUAUCAAGUCUUGUUUUUUGACUGUGUAGUCAAAUUGAUUGUAUGACCGUUUCUGUACACCAGGGGGCAACAUUGCCUAUUUGCUCAUCGUCUGCCUUCUUCUUCUGCUUCGACCCCACCCAAACAGGAAAUGGGACUGCCAGCCGUCAUGUGAUUUAUUAA